AUGACUUCUCAUCGUCCCUUCAAUAAUGGUAAUCAUCAACAACGAGGCUAUAAUUCGCGUAGAUUCCCCAAUUAUCAGCCUCCUGGGCAAUAUAAUCUCUAUGGUUAUGUUAAUCCAAACGCAUAUGAUGCAUCGUUUGCUCAACAUGAGCACAUUGCUCCACAAUUUAGGAAUGGAAAUCAUCAACAACGAGGCUAUAAUUCGUGUAGACUCCCCAAUUAUCAGCCUCCUGGGCAAUAUAAUCUCUAUGAUUAUGUUAAUACAAACGCAUAUGAUGCAUCGUUUGCUCAAUAUGAGUACAUUGCUCCACAAUUUAGGAAUGGUAAUCAUCAACAACGAGGCUAUAAUUGGCGUAGACUUCCCAAUUAUCAGUCGCGUAGACUCCCCAAUUAUCAGCCUUCUAGUCAGUAUAAUCUCUAUUAUUAUGUUAAUUCAAACACAUACGAUACAUCGUUUGCUCAAUACGAGUACAUUGCUCCACAAUUUAGGAAUGACACUCAUCAACAACGAGGCUAUAAUUCGCGUAGACUCCCCAAUUGUCAGCCUUAUAAUCAGUAUAAUCUCUAUGAUUAUGUCAAUCCAAAUGCAUAUGAUGCAUCCUUUGCUCAAUAUGAGUACGUAGCUCCACAAUUUAGGAAUCGCAAUCAUCAACAAGGAGGCUAUAACUCGCGUAGACGCCCCAAUUAUCAGCCUUAUAAUCUCUAUGAUUAUGUCAAUCCAAACGCAUAUAAUGCAUCAUUCGCUCAACAUGAGUACAUUGCUCGACAAGUUAGGAAUGACAAUCAUCAACAACGAGGCUAUAACUCACGUAGACGCCCCAAUUAUCAUCAACAACGAGGCCAUAAUAUGCGUAGACGUCCCAAUUAUCAUCAACAACAAGGCUAUAAUAUGCGUAGACGUCCUAAUUAUCAGCCUUCUAGACAAUAUAAUCUAGAAGAUCAUAUUAAUACAUACUUAUAUGGUACAUCGUUUGUAAAUGCCUAUAGGUUUCAACGUGUAAAUUUAAGGAAUAGAAUACUGAAUUUUCGAGAGAGGAAUUUAAGAUUUCGCUCUCUUCCUCAAAUUAAUCAUGAGGAGCAAGAGGAUGAUUAUGUUCAUGUACUGAAGUACUUGAAAAUAAGAACUCAUCAUGCUCCCCAAGUUGUAGAUCCUGAUGUAGAAUCAGUUACCUGUGUUAUUUGCCAAUCUGAAUAUGAAAACGAAGAGAGUAUAGGAGCGUUGCAAUGUGGACACGAGUUUCAUACAAAUUGCGUCAAAAAAUGGCUGAUCAAGAAGAAAGAUUGUCCGAUAUGCAGAGCUUCAGUUUUGAAGAGGCACAUUUACCCAAUGUGGUGA